CUUGAAUCUUCAAGUGUUCGAUCAAUUGUUAACUCUGAGCUUGGUUCUCGCCUUCCAUUCCAAAGUAAUUUCCAAUUCUUUUCACCUCGAUCGUAAGUACUACUCCCACUAAUUCAUGGCGCGGUCAUCGUCUGCCGUCAAGAGCUCGCUCCCGAAGCAGCGCCGGUCGCUCCGCCCUCGCCGUUCUCCAAAGCCCAAUUUCCAGCGCCACGCCGCCGCCUUGAACCCGGACGCGCUCGUUGACGCCACUCUCCCAGUCUUCGAGCCCGAGGCAAACCACCCCGGCUGCGCCGAUCAGGACAUGGUGGUGCCGACGGCGGCGAGGCGCCGUCGUAGUGUCUCGGACGAGACCCUGGCGGUGCACGCGGGGGAGAAGCUGGGGAAGGACGGCAUGGCGGAGACGGACUCGAUCGCGACGCCGGUCGUGAGCGGCACGACGCACUGGUUCAGGAGCUCCGAGGACCUGAUCGCGUUCAAGGAAGGCCGGCGCCACAGCUUCGAGUACGGCCGCUACGGGAACCCCACCGUGAAGGUCCUGGAGGAGAAGAUCAGCGCGCUGGAGCGAGCCGAGGCCACGCUGGUCACGUCCUCCGGGAUGAACGCCAUCGUCGCCACGCUGCUGGCCCUCGUGCCACCCGGCGGCCACGUCGUCACCACCAACGACUGCUACUCCGAGGCCCGCGCAUUCAUCCGCGACAGGCUCUCCAAAAUGGGCAUCAGGUCCACGUUCGUUGAUCUGGACGACAUCGAGACGCUGAAAGCCGUUCUUGACCAGGGAGACGUGACUCUCUUCUAUGCCGACUCUCCGACAAACCCGCACCUCAAGUGCAUCGACAUUAAACUGGUCGCCGAGUUGUGCCACAGGAAGGGGGCUCUGGUGUGCAUCGACAGCACGCUCUCCUCGCCCAUCAACCAGAAGCCGCUCACCCUCGGCGCCGACAUCGUCGUGCACUCCGCCACAAAGUACAUCGCGGGUCAUCACGACGUCAUCGCAGGAUGCAUCAGUGGCUCCGACGCACUCCUCUCGAGAAUACGCGCGUGGCAUCACGACCUUGGCGGCGCCAUCAGUCCGGACGCAGCAUACAUGAUCAUACGCGGCCUCAAGACGAUGGCGCUGCGCGUGGAGACGCAAAACCGCACGGCGCUGCGCAUGGCGCGGCUGCUGGAGAACCACCCGAAGAUCGAGCGGGUGUACUACCCUGGGCUCAAGAGCAGCCCGUGGCACCACGUCGCCAAGAGCCAGAUGACGGGCUUCGGCGGCGUGAUCAGCUUCGAGGUGGCGUCGGACCUCCGCGGCGUCAUGAGGUUCGUCGACGCGCUGGAGAUACCCUUCAUCGCGACGUCGCUGGGUGGGUGCGAGAGCCUCGUGCAGCAGCCGGCAGUCAUGUCCUUCUGGGGCCAGAGCGAUGAGGAGAAGUCCAAGAAUGGGAUCACGGACAACUUGGUGCGGUUCAGUUUCGGGAUUGAGAAGUUUGAGGAUCUCAGGGAUGAUAUACUCCAAGCCCUAGAGAAGGUUUAGGACUUCUCUGUUCAACAAUUUUGCACAGAAAUAGCCCGAUACCUUCUGUGUACAUCAGUAGAUGUAGAAGAUUGUUUGUCUUAACUUCAAAGGAAGUCUAGAUGUAUGAUUCUUUCUUUCUUGUACGUAGACGCCAGCAGCUGAAGUAUAUAUGCUUGUUUAAACACAAAAGAUAUAUAGAGUUGCGAAAACAAAACGAGCUUGAGUUUCAGUCACUUUUUU